AUUCUUUCUCUUCUCUAUAUAAAGCCUCAUCUCAUAUCUCUUUUUCCUUCACCAAAAUCACCUUCUUAAAAAUGGCUACAUUUUUUGGCCCUGGUGACUUCAUUUUCUUGUUCAUAAUGAGUCAUUUAAUGUCCAUAAUAGACAAGUUGAGGCCUAGUUGGAACCCUUCAAUUCCUCAUGAACUUCUUUCCCUUGAUAUUGCAGCUAGGCUUAGAACAGACUCAAAUUCCACAAUGGCAGCUUCAAUUGAUUUUGGAAAAAUUGUUCAAGAAACACCAACUGCAGUUCUUUACCCUUCCUCGGCGAACGAUAUAAUCGGUCUCAUAAAAUUCUCCUACAGUAGUGCUACAAGAAACCCUUUUUGUAUUGCAGCAAGAGGGCAUGGGCACUCAGUGAGAGGACAAGCAAUGGCAAGAAAUGGGGUCGUGGUGGAUAUGAAUUCUUUGAAGAAUAAUAAUAAUGACAAAAAUAAUGGAAUUAGGGUUAGUUGGGAUGCUUCAUUAGGGUUUUAUGCAGAUGUUGGAGAUGAGCAACUAUGGAUUGAUGUUCUAAAUACUACACUGGAGAAUGGUCUUGCACCUGUGUCAUGGACUGAUUAUUUGUACCUUAGUGUUGGUGGCACUAUUUCUAAUGCUGGAAUUAGUGGCCAAACUUUUCGGUUUGGUCCUCAGAUUAGUAACGUUCAUGAGAUGGAUGUUAUUACAGGUAAAGGAGAAUUUGUGACUUGUUCCAAGCAGACGAAUUCAGAGCUAUUUUUUGCAGUUUUAGGAGGCUUAGGGCAGUUUGGAAUCAUAACCAGGGCAAGAAUUGUCUUAAACAAAGCACCAACUAGAGUGAAAUGGGUGAGAAUAUUGUAUGCUGAUUUCUCAAAAUUCACAAAAGACCAAGAACAUCUGAUCUCAAUAGAGGGCCUGGACUAUGUAGAGGGAUCUCUGAUGAUGAAUCACACUCCAAAUAACUGGAGAUCUUCCUUCUUCUCACCUUCCAAUCAAACAAAAAUGGAUUCCUUGUUGUCCAAAAAUGACACGAUCUACUGCUUAGAAAUGGUCAAGUACUAUGAUGAUCAAAAUGAUAACACAGUUGAUGAGGAAAUGAAGAAAUUACUUGAAGGGUUAAACUUUAUGCCUGGAUUCAUGUUCACAAAAGAUGUAACAUUUGUAGAUUUUCUGAAUAGAGUAAGAAGUGGGGAGAUAGAGCUGAAAUCAAAAGGUCUAUGGGAUGUUCCUCAUCCAUGGCUCAAUCUCUUUGUACCAAAAUCCAGUAUCAUGGAUUUCAAUGCUGGUGUCAUUGUGGACAUAAUUCUCAGACACAACAAGGCCAUAGGGCCCAUCCUUGUCUACCCAACAAGCAGGAAAAAGUGGGAUGAUAGAAUGUCAGCAGUGAUACCAGAAGAGGAUACAUUCUACUGUGUGGGGCUAUUGUAUUCUAGUGACUUUGAUGACUGGCAGAUAUUGGAUGGCCUAAACGAAAAAAUGUUAAAGCACUGUGAUAAAAACGGCCUCAAAAUCAAGCAGUAUCUUCCACAUUAUAAAACCAAGGAAGAUUGGAUGAGACAUUUUGGUGAAAAGUGGAACACUUUCCAACAGAGAAAAAUCCAGUUUGAUCCUAAGAUGAUUCUGUCACCAGGACAGAGAAUUUUUAAUUAGUUCUUUUUAGUAAGGGCAGGAAAAGAAAAGGCCACGGUUUUGUGCUGGGAUAAAAGUGUGCAUACAAGACAAAUUAACGUCUUGUAUUUUUUGAUUUAGUAGAAACUCUAAAUGUGGGUAAAUUUUUUUGGUCUAUGCAUUAAUUUUAUUCGGCUACAUGUGAAAAUAAUGUACUCUAAUUAGCUAGCUUUUCGUUUGUAGUAAAUCCUUCUGAUUUUAACGAGGUUGAGAAAAUGAAGAAGUUCUUCUUUUA